AUGUCACAACUCGACAGUUACUCAAUGUUGAUAGUUUGUCAAUAUAUUCAAGACGAUGUUGAUUUUAUGAACAUAAUAACAAUAUCAAAAAAGUUUCAAGAGACCACAGACAAAUUCUUUUAUAAUCCGACGGACUCUUUGAGUCUUUUUAAGAACCUCCAGACGCAAUUUCUGUAUAAAAAGAAGACGAAAGCUGUUCCUGAAAUAGAGAAUCAUAUCUAUGUCUAUCCCGUUACUAUUAAAGAAGCUCAGCGCCUUUUAAAAGACCCGAAGACUAUAUGUCGGACUGUUCUUUACACCAAAGAUGAUCAGAAAAAGACGAAAACACCCAUUCCGGACUUUGUGACGGUCAUAGACGACGACGCAUUUUUGAAUUCGAAAGUGAAGGCGUUAGUUGUUCCACAGGAAUUACAAGUGAUUGGGAGAAACGCGUUUUCUGGCUGUUUGUUUCAACGUUUUGACAUCCCAAAGAAGGUGAAGGAGAUGAAGGAGAGUGCGUUCUCACAGUGCAUUAAUCUCACGCGAGUGGAGAUACCGUUAUGUCUUCACAUGCUCUCUAAAUCAUGCUUUUCGGGGUGUUUAAGUCUCUCUGAAAUUGUCUUAGAAAGCACUUUAAUAACAUUAGAAGACAAAGUGUUCUGUGGAUGUUCGUCUUUGAAGAAAAUUGGAAUACCUCAAAGUGUGACUUAUAUUGGGUGUGCCGUCUUCUCGAAUUGUUUUAAUUUAAGUCAAGUCGACCUUCCAGACAAAGUCGCGUUCUUGGGCGCUAACUGUUUUGACGACUGCACGUCUCUUAAAACUAUCAAAUUGCCAAGUUUGUUAACUUCUCUUAAAAAGUCGACGUUUUUUGAUUGCUCGUCACUGGAUAAUCUGGAAAUUCCAGAGAAUAUUAGAUCCGUUGGAUAUAACUGCUUUUGUAAUUGCAUACAUAUUAGACAUUUAAAAUUGCCAAAUAAGGUCGUGGAAUAUGGAAAGUCUGCAUUUGGUGGGUGCUACCAACUCAGGGAUAUCGUUACCUUGCCUGAAUAUGCUUAUUUGUAA